AUGGCAACGAGCAAAUGCUACUAUCAACGGCCAAGCCACAGAUUCUUCUCCACAGACCAACACGUCUCUCCCCCUUCCGACUUCGAGCUCGACGAGUGGGACCUCUUCAACACCGGUUCGGAUUCCGCAUCCUGUUUCUCCUUUAGUGACCUUACAAUCACCUCCGACCGAACCGGAACUAACCGGAAGCCUCGUCGCGGUUCGGUUCCAGAGAAAUUCGCCGGUUCAGCUGCGUCUUCUCUCCCGGUCAACGUGCCUGACUGGUCCAAGAUCCUUGGGGAAGAGAGUCCACGGAGGCAGACUUCUAACGAGGAAUACGACGGUGACGAAGUUGAUGCAUGCGGUGGAGGAACACGGCGGGUGCCGCCGCAUGAGCUGCUAGCGAGCCGGAGGAUGGCUUCGUUUUCGGUUCAUGAAGGUGCUGGGAGGACGUUGAAAGGGAGAGAUCUGAGUAGGGUGCGGAAUACUAUUUUUAAAAUUAGAGGGAUCGAAGAUUAA